AAAGAUGUGAAUAUUACCAGCAGUAUUGUGUUACGUGGACUCUAGCUGUUACAACGACCACGGAUGAAGAUGGCAGACAGAAUUCGCUUAAAGAUGAUGGCGGUCAGUUUUACAGGUGGAGGAAAGCACAGACAGUGCUCUGGGUGGGAAUGGGUGGAGAUUAUCGAACCCCGCACAAAGGAGCAUAUGUAUGCCAACCUUACCACAGGGGAGUGUGUCUGGGACCCUCCACCGGGUGUCAAAAUUAAGAAGACCGAUGACAACCAGUGGUGGGAGCUGUUUGACCCUAACACAUCAAGGUUUUACUAUUACAAUGCCACCAGUCAGAAGACAGUUUGGCACCGCCCCCAGAACUGUGACAUCAUCCCCCUCGCUAAAUUACAGACUCUGAAACAGAACACAGAAGUGCGAGAAGAUGGUGAUAAAUCGGUGCCACAUUGUAAGCGUGAAAUUUCCACACAGACAGCCACCCUACAGUCUGCCAACAGAACUCCCUCCAGUGUGCGACGGGAGCAUGUGCGGCACGGAUCCCUCAAGUCUCCACACCAGUCUCAGACCAGUCCACACACCUCCAGAAGACAUAGGCAUUAUCAAAGACAAGACUCUACCUCAUCCCAUAGCAGUUCUGGUCGCCAUGACAACUAUGAUCUGGCCAAUGGGGAUAGAGUUCAUAGAAGGAGAGGGAGUCAGCCAUCACCACAGCCUUCGGGUAACUUGAGGCGGGAGUCGUUCGAAUCGCCGCGACGAGCGCUAGAAUCUCCGCGGCCACAGAGGGCCAAGUCUGUCCAGUCGGCUACCCUAGACAGCCCCGUGCCACGGCGACAGGAUGGUUACCUGCGGCACAGCCAGCAGUCAUCAGGGGAGGAGUAUGGACCUGUCCAUGUACGUGGCGGUAGUUUUAGUGAUCCUAUGGGUGGCUUCCCUCCCCCUGAUAACUACUCCAUGCAGGGUAGCUUCACCAGUCAGCUCAGCCAUGGGCGGCAAGACAGUUACGGGCAAGACAUGUACACAUCCACUAGUGGCUCAGAGACAUAUGGCCCUGCGCGUGAACCUUACCGCCCUGAGGAGUAUAUCGCGUUUAGUCAGGACAUUGUCCACCAACAGGGGGAUGUCAGCCCUAUCCCUCACAGUCUGCUCUCGAAGCCAAAGUUACGGUCCUUCCCGCGAACUAACCCGGCUUAUGUUGGGGUCCACCGACGGGAUGGACAGACGGCCUACAAGAGGAUUAAUGUGGACCAGCAGAGUUUAGGGUAUGAGUCGGGAGGGCAGGGAGAUCAGGGUGUGUCUCACCAAGGGGUGCAGGCCUCAAAUAUGGGAGAGUACCCCGAGAUGUAUGGACACUACUUCCGUCACGAACGGUCUGACAGUGACACGUCACACUCGUCAAACCGUGGCUACAGACAUGACAGGACGGACAGUCAAACGUCGCACUCCUCCUCGCGGAACCGGGAGCACUCGGACAGCCACUCUUCCCAAGGGUCCCUGCGCAAUAUGUCUGACACUCACUCUUCACAGGGUUCUUUACGAAACAUGCAGGACAGUGCUGUGUCUGUUCAUGACAGUUUAUCUUCCAAAGGCUCGAGUAGGACUAGUAACGAACACGAUCUCCCACUGGAGCGGGCGGGUAGUCAAAUGUCUCACCGCUCUGCAUCUGUCUCCAACUCGGAACCCGAGUACGCUAACCUUCCUUCCACCCACGAACAGGACCACCUCAGCAGCCUGAUCAAGGAGAAGCAGCGGUCAAAAGAGGGCCAGAUUACGGACCGUGAUGACCGCUACAUUGACAGUGUGCGUAGGGGCGAGGAGUAUUACAAUAGGCAAAAUUUACCUCUCAAUGGACAGUCUAUAACUAAUCAGACAGCCAGCUUCCACUCUGAAGUGGCGCCUGACCAGGGUUAUGGGGAGUCGGACAGCAGCAGUGUCUUCUCCACCUCCUCCCCUAAAUCUCACAGCAAGCCACCUCCACCACCACCCCUACCCAUUGAGACGCAGCACGCCUCACUCAAGCGGCGCAAACCAGAGGCGUACGCUAAAGUGGCAGAGCCAGUAUGUACACCCGUGCUGGAGAAGAGCCAAUCACUGCAACAGGAUAUAGCUCAGCAGCGCCCUCUGUCCAUGGUGGUGGCAUCACAGUCAGAGGUGAACAUGGCGGGGUCACCUAGCACAGGCUCCCUCCAUCGACAGAACCGAUCGGGGACGAACUCGUCUCCGAGGUCUGUCAGCCUGUUUUUGACCCAUCAGAAGCUUCACUCAGAUAGUGAUAUUGAAAACUACGCACAGCAGAACCUGAAUCGUCACAAGAAGGGUCUUUUUGGGAAGAAGGUAUCGUUGGCCAACAUGCUGGCUUGGUCUAAGGACCCAAUACAGAAGCCAAUGAUUCGAACAAAUGAUAAGGCCGUGAAAAAAGAUGCCUGUGAAAUCUUCAAAAUGAUUCAGGUUUAUAUGGGAGAUCGUAAGAACAAGUCUCCAACGAUAAACACAGCUUUAGAGAUAGUUACCAAGGGGUGGAGCACUCCAAUCAUCAGAGACGAAAUCUUCAUCCAGCUGUGUCGUCAGACAACUGAGAACAAAAAAGAGGAAAGCUUACAGAAAGGCUGGGAGUUGUUGGCCAUCUGUUUGUCGUUUUUCCCACCAUCUUUGAAAUUCCAUUCCUACCUGGAGGGUUACAUAUCACGACAUACUGACCCAAACUGUGAUUUACCCAAUGUGCCAAUUAGUCAUUUUGCAGAUCACUGUCAUCGUAGGCUAGAGCGAGCUCAGGCCACAGGAGCCAAACGAGGAGUGCGCAAACCUACAAUGGAUGAAAUAGAGCAGGCCAAGAAGUCUAUAUUUCACCCAUCAAUGUUUGGCAACACACUUGAUGAUAUACUCUUGAUGCAAAGCGACAAGUUCCCAGACAGACGGUUACCAUGGAUACAAACAAUACUCUCUGAAGAAGUGCUCAAGCUUAAUGGUGCUCAGACAGAAGGCAUAUUCAGGGUACCGGGUGAUAUAGACGAGGUGAAUGCCCUGAAGUUACGCUGUGACCAGUGGAUCCCGCCUAACGACUGCCCGGACCCUCACAUCCCAGCCUCCCUGCUCAAGCUGUGGUAUCGCGAGCUCUACGUCCCCCUCAUACCCCCAGCCUUCUAUGACAGCUGUAUAGAGAGCUAUGCAAACCCUGAGGCCGCCAUAGCUGUCAUCAAUCAGCUCCCAGAAAUCAACAGACUUGUAUUAUCAUACUUAAUUAGAUUUUUACAGGUAUUUGCUGCUACAGAAAAUGCCAGCGUCACAAAAAUGGACGUGAAUAAUUUAGCCAUGGUAAUGGCACCCAACUGUCUGCGUUGUGAAAGUGAAGAUCCCAAAAUUAUCUUUGAGAAUACACGGAAAGAAAUGGGAUUCAUCAGAACUCUUAUCCAACAUUUGGACACCAGUUUUAUGGACGGGAUUGUAUGAUAGGAGCUGAAUGUUAUAGAGAACUGUUGCUGCGCAAAGAUUUUUACCGAGUCUUAUAUGAUGUGUAUGCAUAACUCAUAUGUGUUGGAUGACUGGCAUCUGAAAGUCUUGCUACCGUGUAAUUAUCAUUAUCCUUGACUGCUUUGGACGAUGUGGGAAAAUUUUUAGGCAUAAAGUGCAGUGUGAUUACGGUAGUGUGGAAUAUUAUCAAUUAUUAAGCACAAGUGUUCUCAGGAACAUCCGAUCAUGUUGGCAAGUUACAGGCUUUGGGGCUGCAAAUUUUAUAUUACAAAUAUAAUCAAAGGGAAACAACCCAUGUGUUAUAUGUUAAAAAGUGCACUGGAACAUAAAACAGGCUGUACUGUCUCUUGUGUGAAGUAUAUCAUCAGUUGUUGAAUGUGAGAAUUAUUUAUGCCAAUGUAAGGUUAUUGUGUUAUUAACUCGCUGUGGUACUGUAGAGAAUACCGACACAUAUUUACUGCCUACAGUAUAACAAGAGAGUGUUGUAUAUGUGUUUUGAGUGGCAUGCAUAAAAGUAUGGUUGUGAAUUGAAUUAACAUGAAACAGCAAAAGCUGAUAACUUAAGUAGGCCAAGCCCCACAUCACAAAGAAUCCUAGUUUUUCAUCAUAUUAACUGGUACGCCAUUAUCAGCCUAAGGUGCAAGAUACUGUAAAUGUAUCUAAAGUUUAUAAAUUGUUAUAAAUGUUAUAAAAUUUGCAUUAUAAAGGAAAGGCUUAGUUUGCUUGUAGAGACACGGUGACUUUCAACUUUGGAUGAGAUAUUUACAUGGCAUAACUAAAGCAGUGUGCUGUAGCUGAAGAUAUAUCCUAACAAUUUGUUCCUUAUUGACAUUAUUUAUUUUGUUUCUUUGUUUUUUCAGAAAGGAAAUCUUUCUUAGCCUAAUUUACAGCAAGCAUAUUCACGAAACAAAAUGUCAUUUAGAAAAGAAUUAAAUCUUGGGCUGUAGCUUGGCAGAUGCACUGUACCUUAUACAGUCUCAAUUUGAACAAGAAGAAACUGCUUAUAUAGGUAUUUCUCUUAAGCUUGGCUAAACACAGUUACAACAGUGAGAGAGAAGAAAUGGCAUAAAGUGGUCAGUAAAUGUGUCAUUAAUGUGGCUUCGACAGACACCAUCAGUAUUUUCACACCAUCUGGCAGGCUAUCUUUUGCCAUACAGUAGUUUUUUAAUCAAACAUGGUUAUCUCCCCUUUAGGUUUGACAAGCUGUUUCUCUUGCUGUACCAUGUCAUGUCACUGACUUCCAAACAUGAAGAUUAGCGAAUCUGUAUCAGAGUUUAUUGGAAAAGACACCUGGUGUGUAAUCCAGGCCCUAGUCACACUAGAUGGCAGUGUUAACGAAUGGCAUGAACCAGGAAUCAAUUAAGUCAUCUUCUGCUUAAUUAUUGGUUGUUAGCUUAAUUAGCUAAAUUGGCAAUUGCAAAACAGAAGUGUCAUCAUAAAAACUAAUGGCUUACCGACUAAACACAGCUUACAUGACGGAACAAGUGCAUGUACGUAACUGGACUUUUUUUUUUGUUUUUUGCAGAAUUUUUUCUGAGGGCUGAGUAAUGUUUAAGCACCUAGUUACUGGCAGAUCUGUAUGUUGCUUACACAUAAUUCUGUGUGGUUGCUUACAGAUCCGUGUGGUUGCUGUUAGUUUAGUAGGGUUACAUCAGGGUUCUGUUCCAUGUAUUAUUGAUAUUAUUAAAAUCAUUAUCACCUGACAGUUUUAUUCUUCAGCUACGCAAUAGCCAAAUAUAUAUGAUCUCAAGAAAACAUGAAAGUGAUAUCUGACUAUAAUUUUUUUUUUUUUUAGAAAUCCAUAUUUUCUUGAUUGUUUGGAUUAUACCUUUAUAACAGGUGCAUCGUGUUUAUUUCUCUGUCCAGUACGUAUGUGUUGCCCAGUCUACCUUGUAGCAAGGCAAGUCCUGAAAACUGUCUCUUGAUAUACUCUGCUAAGGUAUAUGCAAACAGAAACUUGUAUCACUUGUUUUUCUCAGAAUUAUUAACUGUAUCUACGCUCCUAGCUUUAUCAGUACAACUGUUUAUUGUACCAGCUUUAAUCUGCUAAGCUUAAUCAAUCAUGUAUGUAACUUACAUAUACAUAUAAUUUAAGCUGGUCGAGUUCUAUUUAUUGGCUGCUGCAACUCUUUAGUGCUUUGAUUGGCUGAUGGUAAUUACUGCUUUAUCCUGCUUGAGCUACCGUUUGCUACCGUGUUCUUUAUCUUGUUUUGCUAAGCUUUACAUGGCAUGUAUAUAGGUGUAAAAAUAUUAUCCACUGUUUAUUAUUGUAUAUACUGUAUAUUUCACUGUAUAGUUAAUGUAUAUUUAUACGUACACAUCAGUAUAUCUUCACCCUCUCAUGCAUUAAACUUGGCCACACAUUGUAUCGUUAGAAUCACUGAUAUAGUUGUAACCAAGACAGAGACGCCCAUCUGUAGGCUCUCUCCUGCGCUUACAAGCGGUAUGAUGUAUGUAAGUAAGUAUGUAUGUUUUGUUGUUACUCUGUAAGAUAACAUGUGUGCAGGAGGGGGGUGGGGGGGAGGCUGUGUAUACCACGCAGAUCUUUAUUCAUAAUUAUUGUACUAAUUUAUUUGUGAGGUUAGUGUGUAUGACAGAUCAGCGUCAUGGCUGUGGAACUGAGGUAUGCCACUAUUUUACACCCCUUUCCCUAUUGCACAUUCACCCAUUUUACCCCAGUAUACAAGUUGUGAACCUUUUUCCUAACCUAAUACACUGGCUUACUCUGAAUGCUCCAAUCUCCAUAUCCCAUUACAACACCUAUCAGCCUGCGGAUGGUUGUGGGUUUCCCCAGGGUUCUACCCAGUUCCCCCCCCCCCCCCCCACCAUAAUGCUGGCUGCCGUAUAAGUGAAACAUUCUUGAGUAUGCUGUAAAACACAAUUAAAUAAAUAAAUCAUUACAAUGUUAAUCCCACACAACAGCUCUUUUCAACGGUUCUGAUAUCACAACACACCAGAUCUUGUCAGCUAUUCUGGUAAACAUAUAAUACAGCUCUUGCAGCACAGCUCGUCAACCAUGUUUGAUAUGCCCAUAAACCAGAUCUUGUAAACCACUCUGUUAACCCGAUAAAAUAGGUCCCCAAAAUGAGAUGUUGGCAGCCAUUUUGUUAACCCCAUAUAGCAGAUUUUGUCGACCAUUAUGUAAAUGCCAAACAGUCAUGCUCUUGUCAACCAUUCUAUUAAUCUGAGACGAGCUUGUCAACCAUUCUGUCAGCCUCAAGCCCCGUGUACCCUCCUACCCUACCACAAAGAAUCUUUACCCACCUAUGACAAAUCUUUUCUUUCCAUUCUUUUUUAAGUGUGAGCGUAUCAUGAAAUGUACGCUUUUUGUUCUGUACAUAACUAUGUAUGUACAUGCCCUUUGUUUCAACUGUUUUAAGUCACUCAUAUUGGUGCUGACACCUUAAUUUUCGACAAAAAGUAUAAAACUAUUGAACAGUUACUCUUUGAGUUUAGUGUGAAACAUCAUUAGAUCCAUUAAGGUAUGAUUUUCGGCAUUGCAUAUUCCCCACUACCCUCUUGCACUGUUGAUCAACAUUGAGUCUCUCUUAGUGCUUUUCCGCGCCAUUGCUUGUUAUGCUUUGACUUGCUUCUGUAUGGCCAUUCUUUUAGCUAUUUUCUGUUUCUCCAAGUCAUUUCUUUGAAUUCUGUCUUAUCUUCUGCUCUCGCUUCCUCCUUCAUCCUCAUUUUGGCAUGCCCCAGGACCCAGGCCUAUUAAAACUUCCAACUUGUAGUAGCUGAAUGCAAAUAAAUACAUUUGGUAAUUACAGUA